GAAGAACGAAAGGGACGGUUGGUUGGCUUGUUUGCUACGGGCUCCCUUAGUGGAGGCUUUUUACGAGGUUGAAUUGGUUGCACUUGGUCCUGCCCAUCUUUCUGUGGAAUAAUUCGUUCGUCAAAGAUUCCUGUUGCUUAAAAUAAAGUCCCUUGGCGUCGGCAGGCUUCAUUCCUCUACUGGAGCCAUGGCUUUGGGAAUGGUCUCCCUAUUGAAGCAUUGCUUGUGGAUUGGUCUUGGGGUCCUGAGCCCCAGUUGCUGUCCCUAGAAUUGAGGGAUAAGCUGAUAAAGAUUUGGGGAAGAUCUCAGCAUGGAGAAAGAGAGAACCCUUGAAACCAGCACCCCGGCAGCAGCUGCUACCCCAGUGAGGGGAGCGACAGCCAGCGCACCAGUGGAAAAAGAGCUUUUUCAGGCCUCCCAGCUGGGGCAAAGCCCAAGCUGCGAGGACAGCUGAUCUGGUCAUUGGAAUAGGCCCAGCCCAGCGGAGACUCCAGACGCCUUGAGACGGCCUUGCCACCCUCAAGUGCUUCAAAGGCAGACGAAGUUGAGCUACCACAAAGGGAUUCCCGCAUGUCGCGUUCCCCAGACUGGUGGAGAACUACAAAAUUGUCUGCCGCUAAGGACUCAGCCCAUCAUUUUAUUGUGGUCUCUGCAUGCCAUGGAUCUUAUGGACAAUUAAUUGAGGAUUUUUGCCUCAGCAAAUUUAAAUCUGACAUGGAAAUUCUCAGGAAGACGCUGUGGUGCGAUUGGGAUAAGACUUUGGACUGUUACAAGGAGCUUACCAAUUGCACCAUCCUGAUAGCUGAGAAACUGGAUUGUUAUUGGCCAAACCAACUGGUGGAUCAGUUCUUCAUAACAAUUCAUAGGCACUACUUCAAAAACUGUCCCAUUUCAGGAAGGGCUGUAGGAGACCCCCCUAACACAAUUUUAUGCCCAUUCAUUGUUGUACCAAUUUUUAUCACCCUAUUCAUGAUGGCAUUGGUAGUGUGGCGAAGCAAAUACAGUGAAAGCAUUAUUUAAACUUUUUCAAUAACAUUGGUGAAGAUGAACCCCAAAGUUUCCAACCUGCAAGCUGUACUGAAGUCUAUUUUGCUGUUUCUUUGAUAGAGUUCUGGAUACCAGAACGAAGUAUUUUUAUUGUAGGUGGUAUCUAAUAGCAAACUUUCUGCUACCUAGAGAAAAAAACUGUAUUCUUCUUGAGUUAACAAAUAUUUUGCUUAAGUCAAGAGAAUGCAUUGAGAAAUUGUUCUCAUUGUCUGAACUGGUAUUAAUAUUUCAGACAUGCUAUUGCUGCUUCAAUCUUCUUCAAAUUUAAGGUUCUCUUUCCUGAUUCCGUCAAUAUAUAUUUUAUUGUCUUUGGUAAUUACACAUUUCCCUUGGGUUUAUGCACUAUUUUUUUUAGAUAAAGUAAUUUGAAAAAAAAUGUAGGUAUGUGUAUAAUAGCAAUGCUGUCCAUGAUGAGAUAAGAAAUCAUUUCAGUUUAUUUUGUUGGUUAAAAUCACUGGGAAACCAAUAUAUAUUGUUCAUUGUAUUAAUUUUUCUGGCGGAAAAAUUAACACAGCAGCAGUAUUUUUUAGCAAAUCCUAAUUCAGUGCAAUAUUAUCACUAUUUCUUAAGCAUGUUAAUGUUUUACCUAAUAGAUUACUUUUGUAUGAACAAAUGUUCACUAUAAAUAUUUUAUAUGGACAUUAA